AUGCUACACAGAACAUCGUCAUCCCGUCGCCGGAGAGCAUCAAGAAGUGCGGCAACAUCGCCUCAGACCAGAUCUCCGAGACCUUCUGCACAGACAUCGAGACGCGCCUCAUUAGCAACUACAGAAACAGACGAUGAACUAGAACCUCCACCACAACGCAGUCCAAGAGCGAGUCUUGCUCCAGAUGCAGCUCUGGACUAUCAAAGAAGUCCUCGUCAUUCCCUCGUACCAGAGACACGGUCACCUAGAAACUCUAUCACUCCAGAAACAACGCUUGUAAGAAACACACUCACACCCUCAAGGAACAAUCUUGGCGUCGAACAGGCCUACGGAUCUCGCCUGAGCUUAAACCCACAAGACUUUAAUCGCUCUCCACGCAACAGUAUUAUUCCAGACGCAUCUGCAAGAACACCACGGCGAAGUUUAAUCCCAGAAGGAACAUCAUGGAACCAACCUAGAAACUCUUUAGUGCCAGACGUCGGAAGAAGUCCUAGACAUUCGGUUGCAAGCAUACAAAUUGACCCUGCAAGAAACCAAAAGAACCUGGGUCCAAGUCCUCGAACAAGUCCUCGAGGCAGUGUAGCACCAGAUGCGUUAAAAAAAGACUUCGCCGAAUUAAAUAGGGCUCCUAGAAGUACAUUGAUACCUGAAUCUCAAAGGAGCCCAAGGGGCAGCAUUGCUCCAUCUGAAAGAAGUGGCCGAGGCAGUUUAGUCACUGGAGAUAUAGACGCGUCAAGAUUAAGCCCCAGGGGAAGUUUGACGUUAACUUUUCAAGAACCAUUAGUUUCUAGGGAAAGGAGAGCAAGCGAGGAAAGCCAAACAGCUGGUGGCAGAGGCCGUGUCUCUCCGUAUCGGUCGUCUUUGGGAGGUCGUCAAGGUACCGGCCUAUCAGAUACAGGAUCGCGGAGAGCGUCCAGUUCUGUCAGCCAAGUGUCAGGUGAUGAACAACGAAGGCUGUGCGGAGAGCAGACUAAAUAUAAUGACCGCACGGGUCUGGGUUUGGGCGUGGGUUUGACUACAUAUGGUUCAGUAGCGUAUCAGCUAAAAGAUGCGAAUAUGGAAGCAACGGGCACGAUAGAUUUUGUCUGCCGAGCUGCUAAAAUUAUGAAUAGAACUAUUGUUAUGACAGUAUUUUUAGCUGUUCUGUCAACUCUCCCAGUGAUUAUGAUGAUUAUGGGCGUUCAAUACAUCCGGGACUGUCCGGCGGAGCCUCGUCUACCUGUCUAUAUGGUGGUGGGCGGUGCAGCAGGGGGUGCUGGUAUUUGUUGGUUAUUGUGGGCACAGCUGGCUAGCCGCAACUCUAACUCUUCAGCAUCGGUGCCGGAGAAAAUACUGGCCUAUUCACUCACUGCGUUUCUUAUGGGAUGGUUCGCGUUUGGCAAUUACUGGACCUUGGGUAUCAUGUGGCCAGACUACGCACCGAGCCUCUUCGACCCAAACAAGUGGUGCCAUCGUACUCUCUAUGUAUUUGCUUUAACUCAACUUGGGGUCCUGUGGGGCGUUCUGGCUUUGAUGAUACUAUUGCUAUUAUCCCUUGUUGUCUGCCAGGUCUUCGGCUGUGGCUGGCUGGGCCCCCCUCGCUACAAGUAG